AGAGCCCGCCUCCGCCGGAAGUGGACGGACCCCGUUGGGCGGUGCCCCCUGCCCGGGUCCCGCAGAUGGUGCGUCCCGGCCGGGAACAACAUGGCUACGGUGUUUCGGCCACUGGGACGCCUGCGGGCGCCGCGUCCUUCGCUGCUUCCCGGGGUGACAGGCUCAGGCUCCGCCUGCUGCCGCUGCACUCUCGGAGCUAAAAGAUACCUACUCACAGAUAGCGUUGUGAAAUUAAAGGAAUUUCAACAUAAGAAGAUGGCUAUUGCAUAUAACCUUUCCGGCACCAAAGAAAUCUACUUCAGGAACUUGGAAGAGAAGUUGACCCAGAACAAACUCAUCUUGAAGGAAGAGUUGAAAACGCUGCUGCAUCUGUGCCAGUCCUCGGAAGACGUGCAACUGGCGAAAGCCGUCAUCUACAGGUACCAUGCAGAAAACAGAAACUUCACUUUGGGGGAGUAUAAGUUCGGACCAGUUUUCAUGAGGCUGUGCUACGAGUUGGACCUUGAGGACUCUGCAGUGGAGCUCAUCAGAGACAAGAAUCUACAAGGUUUCUUCCUAGAUUCAACGUCCUUCAAUAUUUUGAUGGAUAUGUUAUUUACCAAAGGCAAAUAUGAAAGUGCGCUGCAAGUGUUGAUCGAAAUGAAAAACCAAGAUGUGAGGUUCAGCAAAGACACCUAUGUCCUCGCUUUUGCAGUCUGCUACAAACUGAACACCCCGGAGUCGCUUAAAAUCUGUACUACAUUAAGAGAAGAAGCCCUAAUUAAGGGAGACAUUAUCUCCAGGAGAGCAUCCUGUUUUGCAGUGGCUUUAGCUCUGAAUCAGAACCAGUUGGAAAAAGCUAUGUCCAUUUUUUCUCAAAUCAUGAAUCCAGAAAGCAUAGCUUGUACUAACUUAAAUAUCUUAAUCCACGUCCAGUCAAAUAUGUUGGAAAGCCUGAUAAAGAUCUUAGAGGACGCUCUUGAUACAAAUUUAUCAAAGUUUGUAAGAAGACAUACAUUCUCAGAGGAAGUGCUGGCCAAGGUGAGGAACAGGCUGAAGGGCAGCCCGACACUCACAGCCAGAUUCGAUGAGGUGUACGGGAAGCUGCACGUCAACGGUCAGGUCACCACCUACACUUUGGAUGCUCUGCUCUGUCAUGUCCCGCGGGACAGGAGAUCCAACACGCUGCUGUUGAAGAAGAGGACAGUCAGCCAUCGGACCUUACAGCCUCUCAGCUGGUCCCUGCUGACUGAGUGACGGUUUUCCAUCCCCCUGGUCGGGAGGAACUGCUGCUUCAAGUGAGUUACAGGCUUCUCCGAGCCAGGCAUCUUGCCUGAGUGGCACUAUGCUGACACUUGGUCUCCCUAAGUCCCCUGAGUGGUGACGUGCUGACCAGAGACGUGAGGAGCUAGCUCAAGCCAGGGAGCACCACAGAAAGGCAGCUGCCCCCGCAUCAGAAGCUCCGGAGGAGGAAUCGUAGCUGCUAAUGCAACCCAGUGGAGUGGAGCUCAGUACGGACCUGCAGAAGGACUGCCUCGUGGUCUGUUCAGCCGUGACUGGCCUUUCACAGCAGAGAGGACCAUGAGCUCGGGAGGUCUGAAACCUUGUCUGCCAUCUUUGGAAGUGGCCAAGGCCUUCCUCAUGUCCACCAUUCUGAUUCCAUCUGUGAAAUAAUGCUGCCUGUGUGUGUGUGGAUGAUUUCACAUUUCCAUUCAAGGGUCUGAAAGUUAAACUUUCUCCAGAAUAAGAAAUAAAAGGUACCUGCGCAGA